AUGUCUCUGUUUGGAUCUUUGAUGGCCGACGUGGAGGAUGAUCCGUUUUUUGGAUCGCAUAUGAGGCAUAUGCGGCAUAUGAACAACAUGAUGAAUUCACUCUUUUCGGAUCCCUUUGGUAUGCUGGGUGAAGGUCCAUUGUCCAUCAUGGGGCCCCGGCGUGGUAAUUCACUCAUGCCAUAUAUGCCACCCAUGCCAUCUCUCAACAGAUUAUUCACAGCUGAUCUAUCAGAUGGACACAUGAGCGCCGGCAGUUCCUUCUCCAGCAGCACUGUUGUUAUGUCAAGCGGGCCAAAUGGGAAUCCACAGGUUUACAGUUCCACUAGCAGUACUAAAAUUGGUCCCAACGGCGUGAAGGAGACGCGUAAAACAUUGCAAGACUCCCGCACCGGUGUGAAGAAAAUGUCCAUAGGUCACCACAUCGGGGAGCGAGCGCACUUGAUCGAGCGUGAACAAAACGUGUACUCUGGAGACGCUGAAGAGAGGCAAGAGUUCAUAAAUCUGGAUGAAGAAGAGGCUGAGGAUUUUGAUAGAGAGUUCCAAGAGCGCGCAGCCCAGCGCCGCGCGCGCGCCGCCCUGGCGCACCACGCGCCGCGCCUCGCGCUGCCCGCGCCGCCCGCGUCCUCCGCGCCGCUGGCGCUGCCCGCGCCGCCCGCGCCCGCGCACUCCUCCAGCUGUGCGCGCCGCCGGCCCGCGCCGCGCCGCCCGCUGCGCGCCGCCGCCCGCGCCCUCGCCCCGCCCGCCUCCGGUGUACGCGAAGUGUACGGCGGCGCGCACCCCCAGCGCAGACAUAGACACAGACACCGACACUCGCCCGCUGACACUAACACACACAAC